UAUCAUAUUUCAACAAAUGUUUAUAAUGCUAAAAUGCAAUAUUUUUGUUAUUAAUGUGUCAUAACAAGCAUAUGGGUUUAAGUUAACAUUUAAAUCAUGCCACAGAGUUAAUAAUGAAGACAAAACAAUUAGAGGAUAAUUUCUGUGACUCGAAAUUGCCAUUUCUGAAGUUGCCUAAUUGGUUAUAUAUUCUAAUAGUUGCAUUUGCAUCCAUAUUAUGCUAUGGUAAUUCAUAUUAUGGUGCAUUUGUUUUCGAUGACUCUGAAGCAGUUGUAAAUAAUCAAGAUGUUAACCUGAAAACACCGGUAUAUAAGAUUUUUAACCAUGAUUUUUGGGGUACAAGACUUACCAACCAUGCCAGUCAUAAAUCAUAUAGACCUCUAACAAUACUAUCAUUCAGGUUAAAUGUUUGGAUGGAUAAUGGAAAUUUAUCUCCCAAGUCAUUCCAUAUGACUAAUAUUAUUUUACAUGCCAUUGUCUCCUGUCAACUUUUACAUGUUUAUAAUCUUUUUUUUGAUGGAAAUGCACCAAAAACUUCAUUCUUAGCUGCUCUAAUGUUUGCUGUUCAUCCUAUCCAUGUUGAAGUGGUAUCUGGAGUAGUCGGCCGUGCUGAUUUGCUAAGUGCAUGUUUAUCACUUGGUGUCUUCAUUAUUUAUCAUAGAGUAGCAAAAGCUAAACAAAUAUCCAGCAUAAUCAAUAUAAUAACAACAAUAUUAUGUUGUGUUAUAAGUUUAAUGGCCAUGUUAUGUAAAGAACAAGGACUUAUGAUUAUGACUUUUUGUGGUGUUUAUGAAGUGAUUGGAAUCAAUAAAAUCACAUUUAAAAGUCUUAUGAAAAAUAUUAAAAUUUCAAAAAUGAUUAGAUUAUUCAAAAGAGAAUCAUUAGAAAGGCUAUUUUUAUUUGCUGUAGGAUUUUGUGUUAUUCUUUAUGGCAGAUGGACCGUAAUGGGUUCAGCUCCGGUUUUUCAGCAAAUUGAUAAUCCUGCAUCAUUUGUAACAUCUCCAAUUGAAAGAUUUGUUAACUAUAGUUACAUCUAUGUAAUUAACAUUUGGAUAAUGAUAUGUCCAAUUUGGCUGUGUUUUGAUUGGUCAAUGGGAUGCAUUCCUUUGAUACGGUUAAAUCAAUUUCCUAAAGAUCCAAGAUUGUUCAUUGUUUUUGGUUUUUGGAUUAUACUUGUAAUAGUAUUGUAUAAACUGCUAUGCUCAAAGAACUAUGAUCAAAAACAAUUACAAAUAGGAUUUUUAUUUGGUCUACUAUUAUUUUUACCAGCUUCAAAUUUAAUGUUUACUGUUGGUUUUGUCAUUGCAGAACGAGUUUUAUAUUUGCCUUCUGCUGGAUUUAUUAUUAUUGUGGUUAUUGGUAUUAGGAGAUUGUGUCUAUAUUCUUUUGCAAAAAAAGUAGUUGGAAUGUGCAUUAUUUUAUUAAUUUUUAUUCAUUUUGUUCGAACAUACCAACGAAGUAAAGAAUGGAGUUCUGAAUUAGAUUUAUUUCGAAGUGCUUUAAAAGUUUGUCCAAUGAAUGCUAAAGUGCACUAUAAUCUAGCAAAAAGUUUAGCCGAUAUUGGGCAUACACAAGAAGCUAUAAAUCGUUAUAAGCAUGCACUUUUAUUACAUCCAAGGUAUGAUCAAGCAAUGAAUAAUUUAGCAAACAUUUUGAAAGAUCAAAAUGAAUUGGAAGAAGCUAGAUCUUUAUUAGAAAAAGCUGUUUCUAUUAGGAAUGAUUUCGCUGCUGCUUGGAUGAAUUUAGGCAUAGUAUUGUCUGCCCAACAUCAAUAUAAUAAAGCUGAGGAGGCAUAUUUAAUAGCUCUACAACAUCGAAAAAGUUAUCCUCAUUGUUAUUUCAACUUGGGAAAUCUAUAUUUGGAAAUGGGAGAACAGACUAAAGCAUUAUUUGCUUGGCAAAAUGCUACAUUUCAACAACCAACACAUGUGAUUUCAUGGAAUAAUAUGAUUGUAUUGUUGGAGUCAAUUGGAGAAUUAAAACGUGCUGAAAAUGUAGCUCGAACAGCACUAUCUAUUUUACCAAAUGAACCAAAUUUACAUUUCAAUAUAGCCAACAUAUUAGGCAAAAUGGAUAAGUUUGUAGAAGCUGAAAAACAUUUCUUAGCCGCUAUUCAGUUAAAACAUUUAGUAUCUAAAGUUCAAGUUGUUGCAUUAUAUCAUUCCAAUCUAGGAGUCUUAUAUCAUCGCUGGGAAAAAUAUGAACUUGCAGAAAUUAAUUAUUUACAAGCAUUAAGUAUCGACCCAAAAAUGCAGAAAGUUAAAAAUCACCUUGCAUUACUUCAUAAACAUUUAGAUGAAAUUAAUCAACCCACUCUUAACAUGAAAUCUUAUCAACAUAAAAGAGAAUUGUGAAUUUAAGUUAUCUAAAACAAAUACAAAAAUUAGAAAUUUUUAAAUGAAAAUAAUUGUUUUUUGGUAAAAUAACUAAAAUGUAACGCAAAUAUAGUUUUAAAUUAUGGAACUUUGGUGGAUUUGGUAGAAACUGGAUCAUAUUUUUUCGGACGCAUUAUAGUUCCGCACGGACAAAAAAAUUACCGUACCAUUAUUUUAAAAAUAUUUUUAACUCCAAAGGUCCGCAUGGCAUAAAAUUGUUUGAAAUAUCGAAAACACUGUAGUUCCAUAUUUAUCAAUAAACCUAUUAAGAAAACACUAUAUCAGUGUAAAAUUUGGUAAUUUAUUUACUUCAGCACAUGCAAAUAUUGCAGUUUUCAUUGAAAACGAUUUUUUCAGCAAAAAUAUAUUAAGUUGAUAAUA